CACUGUGGAAGCAGUUUGACGAUGACGUGGACCAAAUUCUGGAGUCUGUGGCUAAGGGAGAGGCAGAACGGAAGCUGCAAGCCAUGACAACGAUCAUUGUCAGGAUGGCGGCUGAGAGGUUUGGUGAAGAGGAGAGGAAGAGCUCGGGAACGUCCUACACAAGGAACCACAGAGCACAGAAGGUCCACCUCAUAAGGCAGGAGAUGAAAGCACUGAAGUCUCAAUACAAGGAGGCAGGAGAUGAGGAACGCUUUGGCCUAGCCCAACUAAUAUCCAUGCACCGGAGGAGGAUAAGGACUCUUCGCCGGGCAGAGUGGCAUCGGAGGAGGCGACGGGAGAGAUCACGUAAAAGAGCGGCCUUCAUCGCGAACCCCUACAAGUUCACGAAAGACCUGCUAGGCCAAAAGCGCAGCGGUAGACUAUCCUCUUCAAAGGAAGACAUUGACCAGCAUCUCGCACAGAUGUUCAGUGAUCCAAGAAGAGAGGAGGCGCUGGGUGAAUGUGAUAUCCUCAUUGAUCCACCCGAACCAGAGGUGCAGUUUGACAUGGCGGAACUGAAGCUGUUGGAAAUCAAGGAGGUUGUCCAUAAAGCUAGAGCAGGCUCCGCUCCAGGACCAAGUGGUACAUCGUAUAAGGUGUACAAGAACUGUCCCAAACUGCUACUACGGCUGUGGAAGAUCCUGCGAGUGUUCUGGAGGAAGGGGAAGAUCCCAGAACAAUGGCGGAUGGCAGAAGGGGUCUGGAUCCCGAAGGAGGAAGGUUCCACCCAGCUCGAUCAGUUCCGCAUCAUCUCCCUCCUUUGCAUCGAGUCCAAAAUCUUCUUCAGCACCAUCUCCAAGAGGCUGAGCAGCUACCUGGCAAGGAACAGCUAUAUCGACACAUCAGUCCAGAAAGGUGGCAUUUCUGGCAUGCCGGGCUGUGUGGAGCACACUGGUGUGGUAACACAGCUUAUCCGAGAGGCCAGAGAAAACAGGGGUAACCUGUCAGUACUUUGGCUUGACCUGGCAAAUGCAUUUGGCUCCAUCCCCCAUAAGCUUGUCCAGCUCACUUUGGUGAAACACCAUGUCCCCAGCAAGUGCAGAGACCUCAUCGCUGACUACUACAACAACUUCAGUAUGAGGGUCUCUGCAGGAGCAACUCCAUCAAGCUGGCACAAGGUAGACAUAGGCAUCAUCACAGGGUGUACCAUCUCUGUGACGCUGUUCUCCUUGGCCAUGAAUAUGCUCACCAAGUCUGCGGAGCCAGAGUGCAGAGGGCCACGUAUGAACUCUGGACAACGUCAGCCACCCAUCAGGGCAUUCAUGGAUGACCUUACAGUCACCACAGAAUCAGUCCCAGGAUGCCGGUGGAUACUGAAGGGCCUGGAGAAGAUGAUGGAGUGGGCCCGAAUGCGUUUCAAGCCAGCCAAAUCCAGAUCCAUGGUGCUGAGAAAAGGAAAGGUAGAGGACAAGUUCCGGUUUAACAUCACAGGCACCGCAAUCCCAACGAUCACAGAGAAGCCAGUCAAGAGCUUGGGAAAGGUGUUUGACAGCUCUCUGAAGGAUGCAACAUCUAUCCAGACCACCUGUGCUGAGUUGGAGGGCUGGCUGAAAGCCGUGGACAAAUCUGGGCUACCUGGAAAGUUCAAAGCCUGGGUCUACCAGCAUGGCAUCCUCCCCAGAAUCUUGUGGCCUCUCCUUGUCUAUGCCGUCCCAGUUUCCACAGUAGAGACCUUGGAAAGGAAAGUCAGCAACCACCUGCGGAGAUGGCUGGGGUUACCUAAAAGUUUGAGCAGCAUCGCACUCUACGGGCGCAAUAACAAGCUGCAGCUGCCCUUUAAAUCCUUGGAGGAGGAGUUCAAGGUAGCAAGGGUUAGAGAGGUGGUGCUGUACAGGGACUCCAGUGAUCCAAAGGUGGCCAAUGCUGGAAUCCAAGUGAGGACGGGCAGGAAGUGGAAGGCAGAAGAGGCCGUACAGACGGCUGAAGCUAGGCUGCGCCACAAGGCUUUGGUGGGAGUGGUGACACGAGGCAGAGCGGGUCUGGGAUCCUUUCCAACCCCGAAAAUGAACACCAGGGGGAAAGAGAGGCGGCACCAGAUUCAAGAGGAGGUGAGGGCUGAUGUGGAGGAGAUGCGAUCCUGUAGGGCCGUGGGCAUGAGACAGCAGGGGGCCUGGACAAGAUGGGAGAAUGCGCUGGAGCGGAAAGUAACCUGGAAUGAGAUCUGGAGAGCUGAGCCCCACCGCAUUAAAUUUCUUAUCCAGGCAGUGUACGAUGUGCUGCCCAGUCCGUCAAAUCUGCAAGCAUGGGGUCUAGCAGAGUCACCAGCCUGCCCACUAUGUUCCAAGAGAGGCACCUUGGAACAUGUCCUUAGUUGCUGUACAACAGCACUAGGUGAAGGGCGUUACCGCUGGAGGCAUGAUCAAGUCCUGAAGACUAUAGCCGAAGCUAUCAGCACAGGACUGGUAUGGGCAAAGCAGCAGCGUACCCCCAAGAACAACAUCACCUUUGUCAAGGCUGGAGAGCAGGUUACCCCAGCAAACAAGGCACCAACAGGCAUACUGACCUCAGCAAAAGACUGGCAGCUUCUGGUGGACCUUGAGAAACAGCUGAGGUUCCCCAGCAACAUUGCAGUCACCACCCUCCGCCCUGACAUCGUCCUUGUAUCAGAGUCCACCAAGCAGGUUGUGUUGCUGGAACUUACAGUCCCGUGGGAAGACCGCCUGGAAGAAGCUUUUGAGAGGAAGCUCUCCAAGUACGCAGGGCUGGUCAGUGAGUGCCAGCAGUCAGGUUGGAGGGCGAAGUGCCUACCAGUCGAGGUAGGAUGCAGAGGCUUUGCUGCCCGGUCCUUGGCCAGUGCAUUAGGGCAUUUAGGCAUCGUCGGACUGCAUAAGAGGAGAGCCAUCCGCAAUACCACUGAAGCGGCAGAGAGAGCCUCAAGAUGGCUGUGGCUCAAGAGAGGAGAACCAUGGAGUCGUGGUAGCUAGCGCGCCAUCUGAACACAAGCUGGGGCCUGAUCACCCCCAGUUGGGUCGCCUGGUUGACGGGGGGUAUGAUGUUGAAAG